AUGUUUUCCAAAUAUUAUGAAAAAGAAGAGGAUAAUGGUUUUAUUAGAUCACAUUAUUUUAAAAAGAUUGAAAUUGAAAAAAUUGAUAAAAAUUUAAUAAAUUUAGAAAAAACAUUUUAUAAUGAUGACAUAUUUUUAGAUAUAUAUAUAAAUGAAAAAGAAAAAAAUAAUUUUGAUUUUUUUUUAAACAGUAUAGAAGGUAUGAAUAAUAGGAAUUAUUUAGAGAAAUGGAUAAAUAUAGAUAUAUCUAAUAUAUAUAAUUACAUUUUAUAUGACAAUAAAUAUUGUAGUGAUAUAGUAAAUGAUAAAAAAGGGUAUUUAAUUUUAAAAUUAAAAUACACAAAUGAAAAUAAAAUAAUAACUUCUUAUUUUAAAGUUAAUUGUAGAAAUGUAAAAUGGGAAAAUGAAAAAAAAGUUUGGCAUAUACCAUUAUUUUACAUAUUUGAAAUAUCAAAGCUUACAUUAUUUUUAGGUGGUACAGUUAGUGAUUUAGUUCUUUAUUAUUUAUGCAAGCUUUUUAAUCACUUUUCAAGUAUUAAAAAUGUUAAUAACUUAAAAAUAAAUGAAUUAAAUAAAGAAGAAAUAAAAAGUAAUGAGGUUAAUAAUAAGGAAACUAGAAAAGAUAAUAUAAAAAUAAAUAAUAAUAAUAAUAAUAAUUAUAAUGAAAUUAAUAAUGAGAAAGAAAGAAAUGAUAGUAUUAAACAUAAUGAAAAUAAAAUAGAGGAGAAUAAAUUAAAUAAUGAUAUAAUUAAUAAUAAUCAAUUAAAUAACAAUGUUAGCAACAUUACAAAUAUGAAAACGAACAAUUCUUUGAGUAAUAAUAACCAUAUGGGAAAAAUAUAUAAAACAGAGAAUGACCAAAAUAAUAGUAACGUAAAUAAUAAAUCAUAUAAUUCUAUAAAUGAAAAUAGUUACAGUUUUGAUAUAUUUAUUAAAGAAAACAAAAUGAAAUUUAUUGAAUAUUUAAAAAACGUAAAAAUGUUUAAGAUAGAACAUGUAAUUGUUAAUAAUAUAUUAAAAAGUGAUUCUAUGUAUAUAAAAAUUUUACCUUAUAAUGAAGAAAUUAUUAAAAAGAUUAAAGAAACUAAUUUAUUUCAAUGGAAUAAAAUUGACAAUAUAUGGGUGAUAAAAAAAACAAAUUUUAAGAAUUUUUAUAUAAAUAUUAUAAAAUUUUUUGAUUUUAAAAUAUGUUCCUACUAUGAUUAUUUUAAAAUAUCUAAGCAAAAAUUGCUUGAAAAUGAAAUAAAAUCAAAUCAAAAUAGUAUAAUGAUUAAUAAUAUCAUAUUAAAAACAGAAAAUAUUAAAAAAAAAAGGAAAAAAAUAAUAAAUGAAAUAAAGGAAAAUGAAAAAAAAUUCAAGCAGACAAUCAAUUAUGAGAGUACUGAUUCUUCAUAUUCAGAUGAAUUAUCAAAGAAUGUUGAUUCUAGUUAUUAUGAAGGAAGAGAAUUAGUAAAUAAAAUUAAAUUGAUAGGAGCAGCAAAUAAUUAUUAUAAGGAUAUAAUAUAUAAUAAGUUAAAUAAGGUAAAACAUUUAAGACCCCCUAAUUAUUCAUAUGACCCAAAAGGAUUAAUUACCAAAAAUGGGGCAGGAACAAAAGGUAUAGAAAUUUAUGAUUUACCAAGUGAUGUCAAUGAAUGGAACAAGAUUAGCUUUUGCAUUGUUCCGAAUGAAAAAGCACAUGUAGACUUAUACGAUCCCAAAAUAUUAUGCAGUUUAGUUAGCGAUGUAUAUUUACUUAAAGAAAGAGCAAUAGAUAUUAUUUUAAAGAAGUAUAAAAGAUGGCCAGAAUACAGUGAUGCUUUUUGGAAUACUAUAUGCUCAGAAAAUGAGUUUAUUGUUUGUAAUAAAAAUUUCAAUACUAGACAAAAAUUAGCUCAUGAUAGAUUGUUUAAUAAACAAUUCUUUUAUAUAUUUAAUAUUGAAAGUGUUAAACAAUCUAAUUAUUAUGAUCCUUUAUUUUUAUGUAAAACUUUAAUUAUUUUAGGAGAAGGAAAAUUAGUAAAGGAUCCAUUAGAAUCUGAAUAUAUCAUUAUUUCUAAUUCUACUGACCAAAAUUCAAUUUCUUUUUAUAAUUCUCUUCAGGAAAAAAAUAAAAAAAAAAAACUUCCUUUAUUUGUAACUCCUUAUUUUAUAUAUGAUUGCAUUUUAAAUUAUUCCAUUUCUUACCCAUCCAAAAAUAAAAAUCAUUUUUCUUUUGCAUAA